AUGGCGUCUAGGGUUCUUCUGAUUUUGUGUGUGCCUUCUCUCUUCUUCUUCCUCGCCGCUUCCACGAAGGAAUAUCCCGGCCAACCAAAAAUCUUUGACGUCAGAAACUAUGGUGCUCGCGCAGAUAGCCAAAGAGAUAACGCUUUUGCGUUUACAAAGGCGUGGAACGAAGCUUGCCAAUGGAGUUACGGAAGAUCAACGGUCUAUAUUCCUUCCGGAAUAUUCUAUCUCCGUCAAGUAACAUUCUCUGGUCCUUGCAAAAGCUCUAUAACUUUUUUUAUCAGAGGAACUUUAUUGGCUCCUCGUAAUCCUUACGCCAUCAACCAAGAAGAAUGGAUACUUUUCAAGUACGUCGAUAAUCUCACUGUUACUGGCGGUGGAUUACUUGACGGUCAAGGAUCUUAUUCUUGGCCUCUCAAUGAUUGUAACAAAAACACUAAUUGUCGUACACUAGCUAUGAACAUUGGGUUUGCUUUUGUUAAAUCAUCGAAGAUCAACGGUCUAAGGUCCAUCAAUAGCAAAAUGGGGCAUUUCAACUUAUUCUCCGUUGAGGAUUUUAACAUUACCGGAGUUACCAUCACUGCUCCCGGAGAUAGCCCUAAUACCGACGGAAUCAAGAUCGGGAAAUCUAGCCAUAUGCAAAUCUACAACGUCACUAUCGGAACCGGUGACGAUUGUAUCGCAAUCCUUGACGGAACCAGCAAUUUGGAUAUCUCUGAUGUCAGAUGCGGACCAGGGCAUGGUAUUAGUGUCGGGAGUCUCGGGAGAUAUAAAGAGGAGAAGAACGUCCAGGGCUUAACCGUCAGAAACUCGAUUAUCAACGGUACCACAGACGGUUUACGUAUCAAGACAUGGGCUAAGUCCGUAUCGCAGAUUUCGGUUUCGAAUUUCUUGUACGAGAACAUCCAAAUGAUCAAUGUUGGAAACCCUAUCGUCAUUGAUCAGCAGUAUUGUCCACACGGGCAAUGUGAUAGUCCUGGAAAGUAUGCUUCUCAUGUUCAGAUAAAAGACGUCAAGUAUAACAAUAUUUGGGGAACUUCCACAAGCAAAGAGGCUUUGAAGAUGCAAUGUAGUAAAACGUUUCCUUGUCAAGACGUUGAGCUCUCAAAUAUCAACUUGCACUACGUUGGACGUGACGGUUUAGUCACGGCUUUGUGUGAGAACGUUGGUGGUUCGAUUCGUGGCAAGAUUGUUCCUGCAAAUUGCAGGAUAAAUCUCUUUCUUCCAAGCAACAUCAUUACGGAUUCAAAUUCCACGUUAGAAGACAAGAUGCAAGGCAUUUUCCAAUUGGCAAACACAACACAAACACAGCGGUUCCAUCAACUACCUUUAUGGAUUCUUUGGAGACUUUGGAAUAGCAGAAAUAUCUUGUAUUUUCAGCGACGACAUGUUCCAUGGGAGACUACGUUACAGCUUGCUCAAAUGGAUCUUCAGGAGUGGAAUGAAGCUGUCACACCAUCACACAUCAACAGCCAUGGUACAACAAUUCGAAGUCAUAUCCCUAAUUGGAGGCGUCCAACAAAUGGGUGGGUCAAGUGCAAUGUAGAUGGCUCAUUUAUUAAUGGAAACAUACCAGGCAAAGGAGGAUGGAUUGUUCGGGACCACAACGGGAGAUAUGAGUUUGCGGGACAGGCCAUUGGUAACUGCAUAGAUAAUGCUCUAGAGUGUGAAUUUCAAGCAUUGCUAAUGGCCAUGCAACAUUGUUGGAGUAAAGGAUAUCGACGCAUCUGUUUUGAAGGUGACAACAAGGAGAUGUUUGAUCUUAUAAACGGAUUAAAGAUGCAUUUUGGAGCCUUUAACUGGAUUCGAGACAUACUAUGGUGGGCAUCGAAGUUUGAGCAGACACAAUUUCAAUGGACCAACAGGCAGAACAACAAACCAGCUGACAUCCUCGCAAGAACACCACUACAACAUCAAUUUUUAUUUGCUAAUCAUUUCUGGGUUCCCCGUGUAAUAAGUUUUGCUUUACAUUGUGAUUAUACUUCUUCAAUAUAA